ACAGCACAGUGUUUGGAGGCACCUGCUGAGUCGGCCUGAGCCACCCGGCCGGUGGACUCGUCGGAACCGGCUUCUUUUCACCGGUGGAGGCGGGUGCGCGCUGACGUGGCGGCUGUUCCGGCAACAACAAAACCUCGCGCACCGCGUGCUUCCCGUCCCGUUCCCGUUCCCCUCUCUCUCUCCCACCCCAUUUCUCAAUUCCCCACCCCUUGCCGCUGCCGCCGCCGCCCCACCGCAACCACCUACUCUACCGUAUCCGAAGCCGUCGCCACCGACCGCGGCCACAGCGACGAGCCGUGCCCCCCCGCGCGCGCUCCUUGGGCGGCCCGCGUCUGCGCAGCGCCGCGGCGUGCCAUGGUGAGGUGGAGCUGGGAAAGCGCAAGCUUUUCUGAGGCGGACGGGAGCUGCCUGGGAGGCCUGGGAGCGCGUGGCUAGGAGCGCCUCGCCCACCGGAUGGCCGCUGAUGAUGCCGCGCGGAGCAGCAGACGGAUGGAUCUGAACCUCUACCUUGGCCUCCCCCGCGCCCCGCGCGCUCGCCGCCCCGAUCUCGGCUCAGACCUCGCGCUCGGCACCCCGAUGCUUUCUUCGUCGUCUCCCUCCUCCUCGGCCGCCUCCGCGGACGCGCCGCCGCCGGAGACGGACCCGCUCCACCCGCCCUACUCCCCGUCCCUGGCAGACCUCGUGCGCCCGCCGACCCCGGCGCACGAGCCCUACUACCCGUCCGCUCCCGAGGUGCCCCCGCCUCCGCCCUACGUGCUCCCGCCCCUGCCGGUUCCAGGGGCGAUACCUGUGCUCGCUGAUGAACUUGAGUUUGGUUUCUCCGACGCGCACCUGGGUCUGCUCGGGCGGACAGACCGGCCUUCGUCGUCGACAGCCUCCUCUUCCUUCCGCCCGGAGCGUGCUGAGCGCUACCGCCGCUUGAUGUGCUUGACUGGCCGCCAGUCUCGCUACUUCCGGCCAAGACGUUUCCGGUCAGACCUUCCACCUCUCAGCUCCGAGGCCCCUAGCCUAGAGAUUGAUGAUGCAUCGCUACAACCACCGGAACUGGAAGAACCUGUCCAUGAUACGGUGGAGGAGAACAAGGUGGUUGCCGAUGGUGCCAUUGUGGGUGUCUCGGAUGACGAGGGAACAGACCGUGGCAAGAGUGCUGCGAUGUUCGAGUGUAAUAUCUGCUUUGAAAUGGCUGCCGAGCCGGUCGUCACUUCUUGCGGGCAUCUCUUCUGCUGGCCUUGUUUGUACCAGUGGUUGCAUGUUCACUCCAGUCAUAAGGAGUGCCCUGUCUGCAAAGGGGAGGUGACUGAAGGGAACCUUACUCCUAUCUAUGGGAGAGGGAAUUCAGGUUCAGAUACGGAGAAGAAGGUUGCAGAGGAUGGGAACACAUCUGGCCCCAAGAUUCCACCUAGGCCGCAUGGGAAUCGACUCGAGAGCUUCCGGCAGCAGUUCCACCAUUUGCGACCCAUAUCUAGAAGGCUUGGUGAGGCACAUGGUAUUUUGUCUACGUGGAGGCGCAUUCUUGAUCAGCAGCACCUUAUGAAUAGUGUGAAUAGGUUUGAAGGGCGUCCAGAAUCAACUGUCCAGGAAAUUGCUCAACAUGCAAGCCGUUUGGGCCGAAUUACUACUAGGAUGAGGGCGAGGUUGCAAAGAGAAGCAGAAAACCCUACAUCCAUUGCUUCUUCUACUCCGGACAGUGGACUGCCUGGAAACAACACAUCCAAUCUGCCCAGGCGUGCUUCAAGUCCAUUUUCCUCAGAUGGGAUAGAUAUAUUGCGACGCCUUGCCCUUGCUGACACGGAAGGUUUGGCAACUGCCGUGAGUGACCUCAUGCGAAUAGCCAGGCCAAGCCAAUACGGAGCAUCGACUUCAUCGAACCCACCAAAUCCCGAGCCGGUUGAUGGAACUCAUGUUGCUGCUGCACUGGCUGCAGAUCAAGCUUCUAAUUCUAGCACCAUGGCUGUGAUUCAGGAAGAUGCUGCUUUUGCUGAAAGUGCAGGGGACCCGAGUAACGCAGGCUCUUCAAGAUCCCUGAGGAGGAGUAGAAGAAGCUACGCCAUGGAUUCUUUGGAUGUAGAUGGUGGGGACCUACAUCGGAACAAGAGAAGGCGGCUGAACUAAAGCUAAGACAGUUGAAAUGAAGCUUGCAGGUUGCAGCACUGUUCUAAUUUGCUUGGUAGUGCAGAGUUGGUUACCAGCUUAGUUCCUCCCGACCUGUUUAAUUUAUACUAUCGCUCAAGGCAUGUAUACUGAGGAAUCCUGAGGUUUGUCAUCAGAUGUAUUUUCCUUGACAGUAAAUUGUAUGUGCAGAUCUGUCUGUAUUCAAUGAAAUUGACCUUGAGGUCAUAAAUAACACAUUGACA